AUGUACACGGUGCGCCCACAUGCGGCGGCGGCGACGGUCACCCUCAACUGCACGGAAGCACCGCUCGACUGCCUCCCGCUCUGCCCCGGCGGCGGCGAGGCCUGCUCCGAGUACGCCCUGCCCCCGCCGCCCCCGCUCCCGGUGAUCCCGCUCGCGCCGGUCGCGGACCGCCACUCGCCCGUCCGCCUCCUCCUCGUCAUCUCCCUGCUCUCCGCCUUCCUCUUCCUCUCGCUCGCGCUCUCCACGCUCCUCCUCUACCGCCGCCGCCGCCUCAUCCUGCGACGCCGCCGCCGCCUCGCCGCGGCGGCCGCCGCUGAAGGUGCCGACGACGACGGAGGGUUCGGCGACGAGGAGGAGGGCGGGGGCGGGGGCGGUGGAGGGGUGGUGCACCACGUGUGGUACAUCCGGACGGUGGGGCUCGACGAGGCCACCAUCGCGUCCAUAGCCGCUGUGGAGUACCGCCGCGGGGUGGGCCGGGGCGGGGACUGCGCCGUGUGCCUCGGCGAGUUCAGCGACGGGGAGCUGGUGCGCCUCCUCCCGCGCUGCGCGCACCCGUUCCACGCGCCCUGCAUCGACACCUGGCUCCGCGCCCACGUCAACUGCCCGAUCUGCCGUUCCCCCGUCGUCGCCAUUCCCUCCGAGCUCCCCGUCGCUGCCGCGGAGGCUGAGCCAGGUGGUGCCCCAUCGGGAGAACACCAUGCUCAUGAGGAAAUGUCGCUGUCCCAAUCUGAAUCGGAGACUGAGGGCUCGGAGGACUCUGAGGCCUCGUCAGGCACUCAAAGUGAAGGCACAACGCCUACAGCGGAGGAGGAUGGAAGGGCCACGCCCAAGCCAAUUAGGCGCUCGGCGUCCAUGGAUUCUCCAUUGUUUCUCGUGGCUGUUCCUGAAGCUCAGGAUGAUGUCGUGCGCUAUAGUUGCAAGUUGCCAAAUGCCCGAGAGAUGAAGGUCUUCAGGGCGAAGGAGAAGGAGGCAGCAGGCACUUCUUCGUCCUCUUGUCAGUCAGGCCGGUUCAAGAUUGGCAGGUCCAUGUCAAGCAGUGGCCAGGGGUUCUUCUUCUCACGGAAUGGCCGCUCCAGUGGUGCUGUGCUGCCACUGUGA